UGAUAUUUGUGACGCUAAGUGGUAUGUUCAUAAUAUCAAAAAUUACUCCUCUGACGUAAAAAGCUUAUUGUGUUGUCGCAACAAUAUCGAUGGUUUGAAGAAGAGUUAAUGUGAUUGCGGGCAGGAGGAUUCUUCUCACUUGACGAAGUUUCGCAAAGUGAAAAAAACGCUGUUCGAGCGCAAUUGAAGUUGGGUUCUCGCAUCGAUGAAAAUGAGAGUACGCGUUGGAUUUUUUCUCCUAGCCUUUCUCGGUUUCUUUUCUGCUUUUAGCUCGGCUCUGAAAUGUCCUGGCGUUGCUCAUUACAAGCUGAGUUUCUACGGCAAAUGGAGUAACAUGACUCACCCGAAUGCUGUUCCUACAAAGGGCUUUCCUAUGUUUUCACCUUGGGUCGGCGCCUCUCACAGUGCAGAUUACUCCAUGUGGAAGCCAGGAAUGAUGGCUUCAAAAGGCGUACAACAAGUUGCUGAGACAGGUAAUUCGUCACUCCUGCGAGAUGAAAUCAUGAUGCGUAUGAUGUACAACAAGACAGUGUGGAAACUGAUCCAACAACAGGGCGGACCCAUAAACGGCACAGACAAGGUGGAGGGCAUUGAUGUUGAGGUCACGGCCGACUAUCCUUACGUGUCGCUGAUUUCCAUGAUCUUCCCCUCUCCUGAUUGGUUCAUAGGAGGCGACUCUAUAAACCUUUGUAAUAAUGGAAACUGGCGUGACAAUUGGAACGUAGCAAUGCUGCCGCCAUGGGAUGCUGGGACUGAUAGUGGAACCACGUUCACCGCCGAUGACGUGGAGACAAGUCCCCAAGGGAAUAUCGCUGUUAUCAACACAAUGAUGAACACUUCCUUUAUGAACCUUCAGGGAGACAUUCCAACCAUGGGCAUGCUGAUGUUUCAAAGAGUCAACAAGCCAACGCAGUAUAUGUGCAGCGGAGAGCAGAAGUACAUGCUCAAGUUUGAAGGAAUGUGGACCGAACAAAGGCAACCCAUGGGAUACCCGUCCAAUCCUCGUUUUUCACCUCUCAUCGGUUGCACCCAUAUGUAUAACUACAGGUUCUGGAGUCCCAUGACUAUGGCUUCUAAAGGAGUACAGAUGGUCGCAGAAACAGGCAACUACUCAACAUUGUACUACGAGCUGAAAAACUUCAUGGGAAAAUAUCAGGGAUACAUUCACAUGAUUUACAAAGCCGAUGAAAUGUCUGGCGCUGCAGAGACUACAACUAUGAUGAUAACGGCGAGUGACAAGUAUUCCCAAGCCUCUUUCAUCGCCAUGAUUGCUCCCUCUCCUGAUUGGUUCGUUGGAGUUCAUGGCGUAGAGCUCUGUGGAAGCGAUGGCAAAUGGAAGGAGAGUAUGUCCAUGUACUUGCCCGCGUGGGAUGCUGGGACAGAUAGUGGAAUGAACUUCACCUCAGAAAAUGCUCCCACUUUGCCGCAGGAUGUUGUCACAGUCAUUACAAAGGACAGCGAAACCGUGCUGAAGGGAAUGAAUGACAUCCCCGCCUUCGCCAAAAUCACCUUCACCAAAUAUACAGCGACCAAUCCACCGGGCUCAGGGGCUCAGGGUAUUUCUGCAGCAGUUGGUACCCUUCUGUCUGUUGCGUUUCUCGCCGUCAUUUGCUUUUUGUCUUAGCUUCGUUGAGAUUAGAAGAGGCUAGUCGGCACUGCUAGGGAAACACAUUCUUAUUCGUCCCUUCUCUGUUCACACAAAUGGGGGAAUUUAACGCGGCAACCAAGCCUAAGAUCUCUGGCUUGCGUAGAUACGGGGUUUAAAGGGGCUCGCUUCUUGACUUCAAACCGGUACUCACGUAAAUAUUCGUUUUAUGUACCUUCUUUUCCAUCGAAAUUAGAUUAAACUCCGUAAGUUGAUUUUCAACUUCCAUCAGUGAUAUGUUAACUACGGGAGUUGAUGAAGCUUACAAUUGCUCUAAAACUACGGAGGAAAACUCUAACUUGUUCUCAAGAUUGUUAUAAGAUGCUGUGGACUUUGACACCAACGCCAUGUAGUUUUGCUGGCCUUCACUUCUUUUUUCUAGGUAACAGUAGCAAACUUGAAACAAGACCGAUAAAAAUUUGUCAAAUUCAGCGUGCCACCUAAAAUAUUUUACUCCAGUGCGACUGUUUUAGUUCUGAUGUUUUUCAAAUUAAACAGUCCCUCUGCUGUUAAUUUUUAUUUUAACAGUAGCAAACUCGAAGAAAGACUGCUGGAAUUUGUCAAUUUCAGCGUGUCACCUAAAAUUUUUUACUCCAGUGCGACUGUUUUAGUUCUGAUGUUUUUCAAAUUAAACAGUCCCUCUGCUUUUAUUUUUUAUUUCAACGAUAGCAAACUCGAAGAAAGACUGCUGGAAUUUGUCAAUUUCAGCGUGUCACCCAAACGUUUUUACUCCAGUGCGACUGUUUUAGUUCUGAUGUUUUUCAAAUUAAACAGUCUCUCUGCUGUUAUUUUUCAUUUUUACAGUAGCAAACUCGAAACAAGACUGCUGGAAUUUGACAACUUCAGCACGCCCCCUUAACUUUUUCACUCCAGUGCGACUGUUUUAGUUCUGAUGUGUUUUCAAAUUAAACAGUCUCUCUGCUUUUAUUUUUUAUUUGACGGUAGCAAACUUGAAACAGGUGCUGGAAUUUGUCAAUUUCAGCGUGUCACCUAAAAUUUUUUACUCCAGUGCGACUGUUUUAGUUCUGAUGUUUUUCAAAUUAAACAGUCUCUCUGCUUUUAUUUUUUUAUCUUAACAGUAGUAAACUCGAAAACAAGACUGCUGGAAUUUGUCAAAUUCAGCGUGCCACCUAAAAUAUUUUACUCCAGUGCGACUGUUUUAGUUCUGAUGUUUUUCAAAUUAAACAGUCCCUCUGCUCUUAUUUUUUAUUUUAACGAUAGCAAACUCGAAACAAGACAAGGAAAAGAGAAAUCUCUCCAUUAUACAACUGAAGUACAGUUUAUGUUAUGGAUGUUUAGUGCUAUUUUUGGCUUAGUUUACCGUAUACAUGCAGCAGUUGGCAUCGUUGGAAAGCCAUGUUUUGCAAUUGCAGACAGAGGUACUUUUCGUCUAUAACAAGUGCUGUUUUUAGAUUAAUUUGGAUCUUUAGAAUAUGAGGUUCAUAAGCACUCUGUAAGGUCCAAAACAAGGAGCUCCUCGAAAAUUGAAAAAGUUUUGGGAGCACCUGUUUAAAAACUUGCGAAUAAAGUUUGCAUUUGCUUCAA